AUGAAGGUCUUCAGUCUCUUGAUGCUGCUUGCCACUGCCGGAACUACCUUGGCAGCUACCUGCCCAGGCUCGGGACAGUGUGAAUGUCUGUUCCCCGACAAGUCGCACUGCUGUCUCUACGGAUCCAACGCAGAGACUGGCGAUGGCUAUGAUUGCACCACACUGUGUGCAGGUGCUAGUCGAAUCCUCCAGGGGGGCGAAGAUACCCCAGUAAAGUGCAAUGCAGGCGGUGAUUUUGCCUGUGCCUCUCUCAUCACUACGCAGGGUCGCACUCCAUGCUACAACAACGCCUAA